AUGCCCAGGAUUUGCGCCACCAGGAUCAGGACGCCGCAAUUCUGUCAGUCUCAAACCUUUGUGACUUCAAGGCCAUUCCUGAGUGCAGGCGACACUGGCGCAGUACGGCAAGGCGGUGUAGCGGCAAGUGAUAGCUUUAAUCGCCGCGAACAGGUGCUGGAGAAUAUGUACUUUAAGCAGCACGAGAUGGAGAAUAUUCGGAAAAUCAGAGAAAAGCUGGCAAGCCAGCGGAAACAACUAGACGAAGUCGAGAGCCAUCUGGAUGAGAUGGAAAAGGCCGCGACUCAGUCACAACAGACAAAGCUGUAA